AUGGCAUCAGCGCCUCCCGCCGCUGGGCAGGCUGAGAUCCCCGAGAGCGCCAAAGCAGUCACAGACGGGGCCAGGUCAGCUCAGGCCACGACAGAGGCCGCGCCCAAGAAGAAGAGCAAGAGCCGGCGGGGGCUGAAGGAGCACGAGACUCUUGACGAUGAGGUGGAACAAGAGGACCAGGAGGAUCAGGAGGACCAGGAAGGGAGCAGCUCGGACGAUGAAGAGACAGACAUCGGGAAGCGCAAGAAGAGCUACCCGGAGAAUGAGAGCAUGAGCAAAGACGAGGUGAAGGAGCGCUCGCCUCUGGGACGCUUCGUGCGCUUCAACCGGAAGCUGGGCUCUGGUUCCUACAAGGUGGUGUACCUUGGCUUUGACAACGACACAGGCAUGGAGGUAGCUUGGAACAUCAUCUCCUUCCAACACAUGGAGAAGCGUGUGGCCUAG